AUUUUUCAAGAACAAUUUCUUAAUUCCCUGAUGUUAAAGCAAUGCAAAUAUUCUCUUCCCACCUUCCAAGUCUCCUACACGAUAUAUAUAUACUACACUAAUUAUUUACCCUGCCAAAACCUCUUAUCAUCCUCAAAUUCUGUAAACAUGGGCCAAUCCCUUAAGAAAAUGGGAAAUGAUGAUGAUGAUAUGAAGGGUAGAGAUAUUCAGCCAAUAAUAGAAGAUUGCUAUGACAAAUACUUUGUCAACACUGAGAAUUGGACCUGUGCUGAUUUCUGUCACGCCAUAUGCCAAACCGUCGAAGAAAUUAACACAAGUGUCCGUAGCACACAGAUUCGGGUGCCCAAAACCGAAACACUGGACAGAGCGUUUCAUAAUCAUCAUAAAGGGAAGGGGAAGAAGUUGAGCAGGGAAGAGUUUCAGAAGAUUUUGCAGGAAAUAAUUAUGGACACAGGGGUGACAGGGAUUGGAGCCAAAGAUAUAUUGUUCUUUCUGUUUGGAGUUCCAGUUACAACGUUGUUCUUCAAACAGCGACUGUUCCCCACAGCUGUUCCAAACGAAGUGUUCAUCCCUGCUGUCACUUCCGCCACUGUUUUCCUUCUUGCAAAGCUCAACAAGAUAUGAAUGAAAUGAAUUAAUUCUACUCUUAUACUCCUUGCAACUUAUUUUGAUUAAUUGAAUAAGCACAAAGACACUGCAUUAUAUUGAUUUUAUAUAUUUGAAUAUAUAUAUUUGUACAA